AUGAGUGGGGUUCCCUCUUCAUCUCCACGCUACCCCUUCCCCUACGAACUCCUUCUACUUCUCAGCGCUAUACCUCAUUGUCUUUCAAUCCCAGGAUUGUUCAACUUCACUGGCCCAAAUGCAUUUAUGGAGAUUGACACCCAACCUCUCUCCUGUUCGAUAGAAAAUCAAAGCAGUUUUUCGCUUAAGUUUGAUGUCUUUCCCGUAUCUAAUUCUUCGGUUCUGUUCACUGGAAUAAGUGGAAGCUUACUUCCAAGCAAUUGGUCGGAAGAUCUAGCUCCCGAUGGAGCGAAUUUUCUUGGAGUUCAAGGAGAUCCACUGGCAUUAUUCAUUUAUAUCGAACGGCCGUAUUUCAGUUUUAUGGUGAUGCGACUAACAGACUAUCAGGUGCGAUUCUACCUCCAUCAUACAUUUGGCUAUUUCGACCGAAGUUGGAAUGAUUGGCACAAGGUAGAAAUAGUCUUAUCGAAGCACGGUAAAAGCCGUGUAAAAUUCACUUUCAAAGUCGACCAGAAAAGCAACAAUGGGUUUUUAAAUCUUGGUAAUAUACUUUGGCCAGACUGGUCAAAGCUAAAAUCCUUCGCACCCAGCGAAGUUGGAAGUAAAAGACGGUUCUACUUCAAUGAAGCUUUCAUUGGAUCGCCAUCCCGAGAAACUAUGUCUCACUAUGCGAUAGAUAUACUGGUGAAAUACAUGGAUGCAAUUGGAACCGUCUAUGCUAAAACCGAUGUUUACGAGAGUUCAUUGGAAAAAUUUGUGCCAUUCCAAGGAAUUGUCAAAUCUUUCCUACUAUCAAGUGAUUGCGCCUGUGGUGUCACGAAUUACUUUGGGCCAAAGAUGAUCCAAGUGGGAACAGGAGUUAAAAUAACUAAAACUUGUGAUAUUAACACUCUUCCACCCCUCUCGUCAAAAUUGCCAGGAAGCUGUCGUUCGAAAGUUCCGGGAAUUUCUUGUGGUUGCGACCGGGUUUGCUAUUGUCCACUUGAGCAGCAAUGCACGUCAAUGAAAAUUCAAGAUACUGGAACAAUGCGCUCAGGACUACUGAAAACAGAAAUUACCCAUGAAAAUGUAAAUGAUGAGUCCAAGUUAAAAUUGACAAGUGGAUUGUCACAAUCACCCGCCUUUCUUAAUGAAGAUUCAGGGACAUAUAAUAAAUUGGAUUCUUGUUUUGCCAACAUAUUCCUCUGUGACAAACCAAUAAUUUAUGAAUUUUGGAUGAAUAUAGACCCACUGGCAGUAAUUAAUGGAUCGACUUUGGUCAUGAAGCAUGCGUCUUACAUAAACUCUCCUUGGUAUAUGAAAAUCGCCUUCAAUGGUUAUCCAACGAAAUUAUCCGACUCAGAACGUGUUAUGAAACUCUCUGCAGAAAUUCAAGCUCCGCCAAACCAUAUCUGGAGAGUCGAGAGAUGUGAAUCGAACCUGCGGGCUAUCCCUGGUCAAUGGCAUCAGGUUAAAGUUCACUGGGACAAGAUGAUUCUUAGUCUCUACCUCGAUGGAAAUCUUUGUGGAACUGCUAAAUCGAUGACCUCAAUAAUACAUGGGAGUAUCAAGCAAAGAUUUUCAACUAGACGUACACCAUUCCUAUUUCUUGGAAAUCACACUAUCGAGGACCUAAUAUUCAACGAUAAAGAAAUUCUUCCCAAAUUCACGCAUUUAACUGCACUUUCUAAUAAUUUGGAAAAGUUGGAAACACUUAUCUCUAAAAUCACUGGAGACUUUUACGCAUCAUUCCAACUGAAUGCAUCACUGGAAUUCCUAUUUCUACCGCUUCCUGGAGCGCAUAUCACAAAAUGUGGGCAAGGUGGUAAAAUAGCCGUAGAAGAUGAACACAGCAAAGAUUGUCGAGUGUUUCAACUUUCCGAGCAGCAUUGUGAAGACAGUGACGUAUGCAGUGUGGAAGUGGAGCGUCAUGGAAGUGAAAUCACUCUAUAUAGCCAGAACGAAAAGUUAUCGCCGGAUUUUGAGGUGAAGCUUUGUGAAGCUGCGAAAGAAUGUAGAAUGCGAGAGCAGGUAAAUCAAACCUUGGGACUGGUGCCAAAUACACAGAUUCAACUCUUUGACCGUGCGAGGAGGGAAUUAGAAAGCCGUCGACAUAUCCAUGUCUGUGAGUUAGCUCGUUUGAAUGCUUCUUUUGGGCUGCCCAUGUUGUGCGAUGAUUUUUCCAACCCUAGAAAUGUGUGUAGCAGCGUUAAGAGAUUAAUCGCAAUUUCUACCUUCAUUUGCUUAUUUUUACCAAGUGUUAACUACAACACGUUUAAGUAUCAAAAUUCAGGUCCUGCCUAUGCGCGUGAUGAGUAUCAGAUGGUGGAGUGUUUACUGAAUAAGAAAUAA